AUAUUCUUCGGAGGUUUAACAAAUAGGGGUUUAAGAGCAGCCAUGGAAGACAAUUCCUCUACUGCAAACCCAAACCCUAGCCAACCGAUCGCAAUGUCUCCGUCAAAAUCCGUACAAAGUGAGGCCAAUCCAGAACCGGAAACCCCAGAACCCCACGCCCCAAUCAGAGAAUCCUCAGAUCCUCUGCCAGAGAAGAGCGAUCAAGAAUCCCAAGAGGAAAUUCCAAAAGAAGGGGAGGAAGAAGAAGAGGAGGAGGAAGGAGAAUGCGGGUUUUGCUUGUUCAUGAAGGGGGGAGGAUGUAGAGACCCCUUUAGCGAGUGGGAGAAAUGCGUGGAAGAAGGCGAGAAGAACAAUGAAGACAUUGUUGAAAAAUGCUUCGAGGUCACCUCUGCUCUGAAGAAGUGUAUGGAGGCGCAUUCGGGUUACUAUGACCCAAUUUUGCAGGCGGAGAAGGCGGCCGAGGCCGAGGCCCUGAAGGAAUUGGAGAUGGAGAAGGAGAAAGUGAACGAAAGCAACUCUGAAUCAGGAUCGACAAAAUCGUUUGAGUUUGGAUGGUUGAAUUUCAUCUAUUAUUUAUAUUGAAAAAAAUUUUAAAAUUCCAAACUUUUAAAGUUAAUAAAAGUAUUUAAAAG